AUGGCUCUGAUCGAGUACUCCAUCGCCCAGAAGCAGCUUAAGGAGGCCGACUUUUCCGACAUGUUCACCGGGCGCCUGCGCACCGAGAUCCCCCCCUCGCUGGAGCACCUGUGCGGGGCCCUCAAGUCGCAGAAGGCCCUGCGCAUGCUGAAUGUCUCGGACAAUGCCGUUGGCCUGACCGGCGUCCAGGCCAUGGCCCCGCUGCUGCGCGAGCACCGCACCCUCGAGCGCCUGUACAUCACCAACUGCGGCCUCGGCCCGGCCGGCGGGUCUGGCCUGGCGGACGCCCUGCGCGGGAUGAUUGCCCCGGACGGCUCGUGCGCCCUGCGCAUCCUCUACUGCAGCCGCAACCGCCUGGAGAAUGUGGCCGCCGCGCGGAUGGGCGAGACCUUCGCCGCGCUCAAGUCCCUGCGGGAGGUUCGCCUCUUCCAGAAUGGCAUCCGGCCGUUCGGCAUCUCGCGCCUGAUCCUGGGCCUGGCGCACAACCCGGAGCUCCUGCGCCUGGACCUCGAGGACAACCUCAUCCGGUAUGCCGGCGCGCGCUUUGUGGCGCGCGCCCUCGAGGCCGGCUGCUGGCCCAACCUGGCGUCCCUGAUCUUGGGCGACUGCAUGGUCGGCUCGCGGGGCACCGAGCGCAUCGUGCGCGCCCUGGCCACCAAGGCCCCGGCCCCCACCGCCACCACCACGGCCACCGCGCUCCCCACCCCGGAGGAGGGGCAGGUUGUCUCGCUGGAGAGCCUGGUCGGCACCGAGUAUGCCGGUCUCCGCGAGCUGAACCUCGCCUAUGCUGAGGCCAGCCCGACCGCCCUGGCCGGCCUGCCGGAGCUCCUGCGCGUCCAUCCGCUGCUCAGUUCGCUGGUCCUCUCGGGCAACGAGCUGAAGGCCGAUACCCUUGCCGCCAUCCGCGCCGUCGUGCGUGACAUGACCUGCCCGGAGCUGCUCAACUAUUCCGACGAUGAGGAUAGCGAGGCCGAUUCCGACGAGGGGUCCGACUCGGACUCCGACUCCGGCUCCGACUCCGAGGAUGAUGAUGCCGGCUCCGAGGCCUUCACCGAUGACUCGGAUGACAUCUACGCCGCCGGGACCACUGCCGCCGGGACCGCCACCACCGAGCUGGAGUCCGCCCUGGAGAAGCUGUCCAUCUGA